AUGGGUUCAGAUGUCCGUGACCUGAACUCCCUGCUGACCCCGGUUCCAGCGGGCCCCAGCCCGAGCUGCCCCAGUCUGCCCGUUAGCACGGCCCCCCAGUGGGCUCCUGUCCUGGACUUCCACACGGCCGCUUCACCUUACUCUUCCUUGGGCGGCCCCCACACCUCCCUGGGGCCGCACUCCUUCAUCAAGCAGGAGCCAAGCUGGGGGGCCACCACUGACCCCCAUCACCAUGAAACAGACCCUCACUGCGGCCUCAGCGCCUUCACCGUCCACUUCUCAGGACAGUUUACAGGGACAGGGGCGACAUUCGGGGCCCCCCCACCCCCGGCCCCGAGUCAGCCACCAUCUGUAGCAGCUCUGCACCACCACCAGCCCCCCAGCAGGAUGUUCAGCAACCCGACGUACCUGACCAACUGCAUGGACACGCAGCCAACAACCCGCAACCAGACAGGUUACAGCACGGUUGCCUUUGAUGGAGCCGGCAAUUACAGUCACACUCCUACGCACCACAGCUCGCAGUUCUCCAACCAUUCCUUCAAACACGAAGACGCUUUAACCCAGCAGAACACGAUGAGUGAGCAGCAGUAUCCUGUCCCUCCUCCUGUUUAUGGAUGCCACACACCUUCAGACAGCUGUACAGGGAGUCAGGCUCUGCUGCUGAGGAACCCUUACAACAGCGGAGAAAAUUUAUAUCAAAUGACCUCUCAGUUGGAGUGUGUGGCAUGGAACCCUGUCAAUACACUGGCAUCCAGCAUAAAGAGUCAUGCACCGGGCUACGACAGUGACCCCAGUACCCCCAUGGUGUACAGCUGCAGCACACAGUAUCGCAUACACACGCAUGGAGUCUUCAGGGGCAUCCAGGAUGUGCGCCGGGUGCCCGGUAUUGCUCCAGCGAUCGUGCGGUCAGAGAGCAGCGAGAAGCGCCCGUUCAUGUGCGCCUACCCAGGAUGCAACAAACGCUACUUCAAGUUGUCUCAUCUGCAGAUGCACGGUCGCAAACACACAGGGGAGAAGCCCUAUCUGUGCGACUUCACUGACUGCGGCCGGGGGUUUUCUCGCUCCGAUCAGCUGAAGCGACACCAAAGGAGGCACACAGGAGUUAAACCGUUCCAAUGCCAGACGUGUCAGAGAAAGUUCUCUCGGUCUGACCACCUUAAGACACACACCCGGACUCAUACAGGUAAAACAAGUGAGAAGCCGUUUCACUGCCGAUGGCCCAACUGUCAGAAGAAGUUUGCGCGGAGCGACGAGCUGGUGCGUCACCAUAACAUGCACCAGAGGAACCUCACCAAGCUGCAGCUGGCCAUCUGA